GCCGUGGAGCGUUUGCAGCAGCAUCGUGUUCUCUUUGGUCUGGACGCGUCUUUAGCAACCGAGAUACUGGCUAUUCUGGCUAUUCUCCCCAGGCGUGACCUGACAUCGUCACUUCCCCUACUUCGUGUCUCCCCCAGGCCAUGCCGCCCGAUCUCAACUCGCUGCCCCCAUCCCGUUCCGCGUCCACUUCCCCGCGUCUCCAUCGGCUUCCCCCGACUUUAUCCGAUCCCUUGUCGUCGCAGCAUCCCCAGCCGGGUGUGGUUAAUAUGAACAACGGCUCCUCCAACACUCAUAACAACACCAUUGUCACUGACCUGCCUCAUCGGCCUUCCCACAGUCAUCGCACAAGCAUGACAGGCUCGGAACGUCGCCGGUCCGGUCCCCUCACGAUCCUGAACAAUGGCAGCGCCAACGCUAGUGACUCGGCCUCCGGGGAACCGCCUCUCGCCCCUCUCGACCAUCGGACUUCCUUGGGCCACAAUGUGUUUCGUGGAGGCAGCCCGACCGUUGCCGCUGGGGACCCGCACCAUCAGCGUGCGCCGUCGCUGGGGGAGUUGCACCAGGAGCUAGAACAGGAGCAAGAAGCACAAGUGAAUCGGCUUUUGCACAUGAUCCGAAGCCAGCAAGCCCAGCUGCAGCAACUUCAACAGCAACACCAUCACUCGCAGGCGGUGGUCGACGACCCGAGUCCGCCGUCGGAACGUCUGACCCCAUUUCCCCCCAUCCCCCCCGCCCCGGUCCCCGCAACCAGCAGCCGGGCAUCCACCCAAAUCACUUCGUCCUUGUCUAGCCGGCGACCCUCCCGGCCCUCCAGUCAAACCGCUUCGCCCAAUCUCCGACCGCAGAUCGAUCCAUCGCGCGGCCUGGAGGGUCCUGAUUUGGCAGCGAGCAUCGUCGACAACCCAGUCCGGCGGGGGAGCAGGGAUGAGAGCGCAUUCUACCAAGCCGAAGCAGCGAUGUUGACGCGCGAGAACCAAAUGCUCCGACAGCGAAUACGCGAAUUAGAACGCCAGGUUGGUGAAUUGACGGCUGAUGCGCGGUCGAGUGCGAUCCCCGCGACUCCUGCCGCACAAGGAACCGAACCCGCUGAUCACCAGGUGUCUGUGGGAGUGGGAUCGGCGACCGAGUCGUCAGACAAGACAUGAUUGACUGCGGCAUACCAGCCACAUGGAAGCCUCUGACUGCGAGGACUGUUCUCCAGAUCUGCAGCGAUCGGCACAUUCUCGUGACCGGUG